CCUUGCCGCGAUUGUGAUGGGGACUCCUGCCCAUGUUAAUUUUCUGUACCCUAGUCAUCAUCCACUCUUGCUCCGCAAAGGGAAAGCAGGGCAAGGCAAGGCACAUAGGGUUCGCAGCGGGGCCGGCGCGGAGAAGGCACUGGACAGGUUCACUCAGUCAAAUCGGCAGGGCAGGCAUGGGAGGGGCACCGGCUCUCGAAAGACAGAAAGCAAGCAAGCAAGCAAUUGAGCAAGCAAUACAACGCACGUCGCACGCCGCACACAAGAGACAGAUGAGUAAAGCGGGUUUCCUGCGAGAUGUGGAAACGCAAGGCAAGGCAAGGCAAGGCAAGACACGACAGAAUCCGCUGACCCAGACCUGAUCAGACCAGCCAGCC